AUGGUAAACCUCCCUCCUUCGGAGCUCUCUCAACCUCUAUAUCCUUGGAUUCUGUGGAACCUAUGGCUUAGUAGGAACCAGAUUUUGUUUGAAGAUAAGAGGUUCUCUGAGAUUGAGACUACCAACAAAGCAAUCAAAGACUGCCGUGAAUGGCAAUUGGCUCAGCCCCUCAAGCCUCCGACAGCACCAAUAAAACCCCCUCUCCCUCCUCGCGCUCAAAACAAUCAUGAUCCUACAAAGAAUCAAACUGUAUGUUUCUCUGAUGGAGCUUGGGAGAGUGCGACUGGUCGGGGAGGCUCUGGUCAUCGCCGGUAUAUUGCACCAGACAGGACUGACGCUACUCCAAGGCUCUGGUCAUCGCCGGUAUAUUGCACCAGCCUUGGAAACUCCUCUGUAACAUCUAUCCAAGGCAUCCUCCACGACAUUGGCGUGAUGAGUCGAUCGUUGGAUUCUAUCUCCUUUUCCUUUAUCCCUCGCACUAGGAAUGAAGCUGCUGAUAGACUAGCUAAAGCAGCCAUUGUUGUUUCUGUUAUUGCACCUUUGGUGUAA